AUGCAGUCUGCUAAUAUGCUUCUGAAAAAAAUUGUAAGAAGUCCUGUCCUUCCAUUUGCUGCGCGGCAUGGGAUGAAAAAGGAUUUGUUUCCACUCAGCAGAACUCUGAGUUUAUCACUUUGCCUGAAGCAGGACAAUUCACGCAGCCCCUCAGAAAAGCUAGAUUUAGAUGCAUGGAAGACGGUCAUGAAGUCAGGGUUUCAAGAAGCCGGUGAGGCGGUCUCUGAGCGUAAGGAACUUUCCAGUUCGGCUGCUGCACGUGAGCUUUUGGAGAUGUGGAGACUAGCUGGCAGAUCGGUUCCAGAAAAUAUCAGUGAAGAACAGCUAAAAACCUUUAUGGAGUGUCCUUCCAAGUCAGCUAAAAAGAAGUAUUUAAAAUACUUGCAUAUCAGAGAACUUUACAAGAAAAACGACAAAAGGAAGAUGGAUGAGAAAAGGCAGAGGAGGCUGGAAGAACAGGAGCAAGCUUCCAAAACCAGCGAGGAGAGAAAGAAUUCUUUCAUAUGUGUGUGGGCCAACUCCAUGGAUAAGGCGUACAGCUGGAGGGUUGCUCAGUCAAUGGUCUUUGGUCAGCCCCUGGUCUUCGACAUGUCUUACGAGAAAGAAAUGUCCACCCGAGAGGUCGCAAAUACAGUGCAACAGCUGGUGUUCAGCGAAGGCUGCAAUCGAAGGUGCAUGGAUCCCUUCCACAUCCAUUUCUGUAACUUUAAAGAGGAUAGCCUCUAUCAUAAGGAAUUUGUCAAGCAUUACAGGGAGGCGUGGGGCAAAUUGCUUAUCACUGUGACAGACCAGUGCUACACGGAAAUCUUUCCAAAGGAUAAGCUUAUCUAUCUGACUGCUGAUUCUCCCAGGGUCAUGAAAACAUUCGAUCACAACAAAAUCUAUAUCAUUGGGUCGAUGGUUGACAGGAGCAUAAAAACAGGGGUCUCGUUAGCACGGGCAAAGCGGCUGGGGCUGGAGACCGCGGCCCUUCCGUUAGAGAAGUACUUGCUUUGGAAUAGCGGUGCCAAAAACCUCACGCUGGAUCAGAUGAUGCAUAUUUUACUAACCUUGAAAGAUACCGGAGACUGGAAGAAGGCUCUGGAGUUUGUUCCGAAAAGGAAAUAUUGUGGCUUUGUAAGCAGGCCUGUGCAUGAACUGAAAAAAACCUUAAAUCUGAUCAACACGCUUAAACUUGGAAAGAAACAGGAAGAAUUACGAAAGCAAUUUGCCAAGAGCUACUCCAGGAAGUUAACCGAGGAGUAG